UUUCAUAUACCUCAAUCUGCAGUACAACCGUGACACCGUCGUGGAUAUCAGCCAGGACAGGAGCAUUAAGCUACAGCAGCUGUGAUAUCAUAUUGGGUAUCCAGUACAGUUUCAAAGCCCACACAUGUACUUUUUUGAAUAUCGACAACAGUGUGGCACGCUGGUUUCAUCCUCCCAGUAAUACGAAACAACAGCCUUCUUCGUUGCUUCAUAAAAUCUCACAUGGAAUUUGGUCUCAUUUCUCUAUCCAACGUCUGAACAUUUACCACUUGCUGUAUCGUGACUUUCCCUCCAACCUUUCCUUCUCGCACUUGAAGGCAUGCGUGUAAAUCUCAAGAAACGCACACGUCCCCAUUUAUAUCUCCACACUCUUGUCAGCCUUAUAGAACAUGCACGCAGGAGGUGCCAUGAUAGAGAUCGUGGCUCUCACACCUUUAUCCUUGGAAGCAUUCUUGAAAAACGUCUAUCUCUCCGUUCAGUUUUUGGACCUUCGCUGCUCGCUCUACGAUGACAUUUUCUCCCACCUUUUCUUCGUGCACUUGAAAGUAUGCAUGGUACACCCUGAGAGACUUAAAUGGCUGUCAUUGAUUGCUGGAACAUCACAAGACGAUACUAGCAACGAAUCGAUCGUCUUCACCUCUCUCAUGUUGCAUCCGCUCCUAUCAUUCAAAGGACUCGAACACUUAGACCUUGGGCAUUUGUGCACAGCGCAUAUGAACAAUACCUUUCUCAGCAACCUGGCCCUGUCUUGUCCAGGUCUAAAAGAGCUUUACUUGGGUGACCAGGGUGUCUGGCUCGUCGCUCCGUUGGUGACCUUUGACGGAGUCACAUCUCUCUUGAAGCACUUCCGCCAGUUGUUAUCUCUCGGGGUUUUCUUCAAUGCUACUUUCAACAGUGGCGCUGUAUACACCGCGCCUGCCGACGCUAUCAGUCCAAAAAUCAGAGACUUCCAUGUCGGGACAUCCCCCAUCAAUGAACCUGUAAAGGUCGCAGCAGUGCUGUCGUUUCUAUUUCCUAGUGCAACCUGCAUCAGCCAUUGUAUUCCCAAGGAACAGCCUGAGCAGCUUCAGGCAAGGCUGAAAAAAUGGGGGUCUGUAGAUAAGAUGUUCGGGACAUUUGUCGCAGCUCGGAAGCAGAGUUGGGAACGAGGCUGGGCGGAGGGAAAGGCUGCGGUUGAGAAGACUAUAAUGGCGUAGAGAUUCUGUGUACACAAGUAUCCUAUCGAUGUCCCCUAGCUCGUAGAAGUGCUUCCAGAGCGAAAACUGUAAACAUGUGUACCUACAUUCAUGACAUCGAG